CCUACGUACGUAUUGCACGACGUGACGUAUGGCAGCGGCGGCCCGGUGGCUGAAAAGUGUUUACUCCGUUCGAUUUUGAAAACUAACUAACUACCUCAUCCACGGAGGCCUCCAAUUGUUUGCAAUGUUGGGUGUGGCCAUGAGCGCAACGUGCCCAGGACUGUACUGUGGCAGAAUAAUGUUCAAUGGGUCGGUGGAAAGAGACUGUGGUGUUUGCCCUCGUGGAGAGCGGGCCAACCACCAAAAAGUGUGUGAACGUUGCACUGAGUCCCCUCAACUUUAUGAUUGGCUCUAUCUGGGCUUUAUGGCCAUGCUGCCUCUCGUCCUUCACUGGUUCUUCAUUGAGUGGUAUUCCGGUAAGAAGAGUUCCAGUGCUCUGCUGCAGCACGUCACAGCCUUGUUGGAGUGCAGCGCGUCUGCCGUGCUCACGUUGUUGGUCACGGAGCCCAUAGGGACGCUCGGUAUCAACUCGUGUCGAGUCCAGAUGCUGUCGGACUGGUACACCAUGCUGUAUAAUCCCAGCCCCGACUACAUCAACACGUUACACUGCACCCAGGAGGCCGUCUACCCACUCUACACCAUUGUGUUAAUCUAUUACGCCUUCUGCUUGGUGCUGAUGAUGAUGCUGCGCCCCCUGUUGGUGAAAAAGAUAGCGUGCGGUCUGGGCAAAUCGGAUCGAUUUAAGAGCAUCUACGCUGCUCUGUACUUCUUCCCCAUCCUCACUGUGCUUCAGGCAGUGGGUGGGGGAUUGCUCUACUACGCAUUUCCCUACAUGAUACUUGUCCUGUCUCUCGUCACUUUGGCCGUGUACAUGUCUGCUUCUGAGAUACAGUCUUUUAAGAACCUGGUUGCUAAGAAGAAGCGCUUGGUUGUCCUGUUCAGUCACUGGCUGCUCCACGCGUAUGGCAUCAUCUCCAUCUCACGGCUGGACAAGCUGGAGCAGGACCUGCCGCUGUUGGCCCUGGUGCCCGGGCCCGCUUUGUUCUACAUCGCUACGGCUAAGUUCACAGAGCCGAGCCGCAUUCUGUCGGAGGGAGGCAAUGGACACUGAAGCUCCUAGUGACACUUUGAGCCGCGAGCGAUAUGCAUAGUGUCAGUUGUCGCUAUUUCUUUUUUAGGGAUCAUUUCUUUGACGGAUGCUCACUGUUACGCAUGUCUCGGCCGUUUGCUGACAUAUGAGUUAAGUGUAAAUGAUGUAUAUAUUUAUCUGUACUCGACCUUGACUUUAUGAUGGCCACUGGCAAGAGUCAUCAGAAAGCUUUGUCCUUAAUAAACCAAGGUAUAAAAGUUCA